CGUGUUAGGGCGGGUCGAGGGAGUGUAUCUUCAUGACAACAGGAAGUAGCAGCACACGGGUUUAAUCGCUCGUCGUUUUAAACACUAUUCGUCCGAUCUGCAAUUUUUCGACAGCCGGGUAAAGAGCCAAGAAACAGACACUCAUGACUGCAGCUUUACCCGAUAAUCAGCGAGAUGACGGCGCUGGAAGAGGCCUGAGUUCGGUCUGAAACAGCGCUUGUCCUUGCGGUCGGACAGCGAUACUGGAGAUUCAGAGGAAAAGUAUGAAAAUAUCCGGAACAUCAGACAUGCCUGGUCUGACGUGAAAAUAACGCUUGAAAUGGUUUCCUGGAGUCAUGUCCAGGGAUGAAAGAAAUGUUAGGCUGAAGUUUGUAAUGCUGCGUCUCCAGCCUGAAUCAUGAACUCUGUGUCUCCCAGUGCUGUUCAGUAUAUAGUGGGUGGUGGAGCUCAUGAGGACAAGGCUUCAGCUUCGUCCAAACGCCACCUUGGCCAUGGGGCGGUUCCCGACGGCAUCAGAGAAGGUUCUGGAGAGCCUGAUGAAGUGGAUCGCCUUAAAGCCAAGUUCAUGUCGGCCUGGAACAACGUCAAAUAUGGCUGGACCGUUAAAUCUAAAACUUCCUUCAACAAGAGCUCUCCUCUGAUCCUGCUGGGGCAGUCGUUUCUGUUCAAUAAUGAAGACGAGGUGGAGCGUUUCCGGCAGACGUUUGUGUCAUGUGUGUGGCUGACCUACAGACGGGAGUUUCCUCAGCUGGAUGGGUCGAGUCUGACCACAGACUGCGGCUGGGGCUGCAUGCUGCGCAGCGGACAGAUGAUGCUGGCGCAGGGGCUCCUGCUACACCUCAUGCCCACAGACUGGAGGUGGUCAGACUGUCAUGCGCUCACAGAUGUGGAUUUCGAGGUGCUGAAGCCUCGUUCUCCUUCUCGUCCGGCUGGGAUGUCCAUGCCGUCUUUCAGUUCCUCUUGGAGCAGCUCUAUUCCUCAGAUAAACCCCAGUCCAGGCAUCACUGAGGCCCACAGGCGGGCGCCGGCCAGAUGUCCUUCAGCCAGUCCUGACCCGCAGGUAGAUGCUCUGCAUCGGAAGGUAGUGUCCUGUUUUGGGGAUCACCCCUCCGCUCCUUUUGGCGUCCACCAACUGGUAGAGCUGGGAAAGGAGUCUGGAAAGAGGGCAGGAGACUGGUAUGGCCCGUCUGUAGUAGCACACAUGCUGAGAAAAGCUGUGGCGCGAGCUGCUGAGUUUGAGGAUCUUGCUGUGUAUGUGGCGCAGGACUGCACUGUAUAUAAAGAAGAUGUCAUGAGUUUGUGUGAGUCCAGCGGUGUGGGGUGGAAAUCAGUCGUCAUUCUAGUGCCAGUGCGACUUGGGGGAGAGUCACUAAACCCUUCAUACAUUGAGUGUGUCAAGAAUAUUCUCAAGUUAAAAUGCUGUAUAGGAAUUAUUGGAGGGAAACCCAAGCAUUCACUGUUUUUUGUCGGCUUUCAAGAUGAGCAGCUGUUAUAUCUGGACCCACACUACUGUCAGCCGGUGGUGGAUGUCACUCAAGCCAAUUUCUCUCUAGAGUCUUUUCACUGUAACUCUCCGAGGAAGAUGAACUUCAGCCGAAUGGACCCCAGCUGCACCAUCGGCCUCUACGCUCGCUCUAAAACAGACUUCGAGUCCUUGUGCACGGCAGUCAGUGAAGCUUUGUCGUCCUCUAAGGAGAAGUAUCCCAUCUUCACGUUUGUGGAGGGCCGUGGGCAGAUCUAUGGCAUGGAGGGUCCGAGUGGAGGGUCCGUGGACGCUCCUGCACACAUCUUCACCUGCAGCAGAUUGAGCCGCAACAACAAAAGAGGAAGCACAGAUGAGUUUGUGCUGCUCUGAGCUGAUUUUUUGUUUUUCCACAUGUAACACUGAGAUUCUGCACUGAAGCGCCUCAAGCUGCUGAUCCUCACGUCUCUAACCUGACACUGAGGCAUCAUGGGGAAAAUAACUAACUGGAUCAUUUAUCAAACAACACAGUCCUUCCAAAAAAAACGAUGCUUUGCAUAAAGAGAAUAUUGCAGAUUUUUAGAAUACUUUUUUUAUGCUUUUUGAGUUGUGAUUUGAUUAUAAAAGUAGUUAAAAGUACAGUUUGCCCCAAAAGUUACGUUGUGUGAAUUAUGCUUGAAUUUAUUUAUGUUUAUUUAUUUAUGCAUCAUUGUAAUCUGGCCCCCCAAAUUUUUUUUUAAAAUCCAAUUAUUCUCUCAUUACUCAAAAACAAGCAUUUAUUUAAAUUGUGAAGUGUUUUUGCGGCUUUAAGUGUGUUUUGCCUUUAAUUAAUUUGUGCUCACUUACAUUUUUUUAUUUAUUAUGAUUACAGUAUUUUGUGGAAGCCAGUUUCCGCCACUGAAUAAUAAUUAAAAAAAUACAAAUUAAAAAAAAUGUUUGAAGUCAGAAUUCUGAACAUCUUCAAUUUUGAGUUAUAAAGACGCAAUUGCAAGUUUGACGUCAGAAUUCCAAGUUAUAAAGCCAAAAUUCUAAGAUACAAAAUCGCAAUUGCGAGUUAUAAAGUCAGCAUUCUGAUUUAUAAAGUCCCAAUUCCAAGUUAGAAAGUCACAAUUUUUAGGGAUAAGGUCACAAUUCUGAGUUUAUAUCACGCAAUUCUGAGAUAUAAAGUUACAAUUCUUAGAGAUAAGGUCACAAUUCAGAGAUUAUAUCACGUAAUUCUGAGAUGUAAAGUUACAAUUCUGAGUUACAAAGUCACAAUUCUUAGAGAUAAGGUCACAAUUCAGAGAUUAUAUCAUGCAAUUCUGUGAUAUAACGUUACAACUUUACAACAACAAGUUAUAAAAUUAGAAUUUCGAAUCUCAGAAUUCAGACUUUCUUACUCGGAAUUCUAAUUUUAUAACUCAGAAUUGCUACUUUAUAGCUCGCAAUUACUUAGAAUUGUGACUUCAUAACUCAGAAUUGCGACUUUAUAACUCUAAAUUGUGACUUUAUAACUAAGAAUUUUAACUUUAUAACUCGGAGUUGCAACUUUCUAACUCAUAAUUGAGACUAUAACUUGGAAUUUUGACUUUAUAACUCAUAAUUGAGAUUAGAACUAGAAAUUUCGACUUUAUUACUCGGAAUUGCACCUUUAUAACUCGGAAUUGCGACUACAACGUGGAAAUGUGACUUUAUAACUUGAAAUAGUGACUACAACUCAGAAUUGCGACUACAACUUGGAAUUGCGACUUUAUAACACGGAAAUGCGACUAAUUCGAAAUUGCGACUUUAUAACUCGGAAUUUUGACUAUAACUCGGAAUUGUGACUAACUCGGAAUUUUGACUAUAACUCGUAAUUGCAACUUCAGAAUUUGGAGUUGUGACUUAACUCGAAAUUGCGACUACAACUUGAAAUUGUGACUUUAUAACUCGGAAUUGUGACUUAACUUGGAAUUGCGACUUUAUAACUAGGAAUUGUGACUCAUUUUAUUUAUGAGUUUUUUUUAUUAUUAUUCAGUGGCAGGAACAGGCUUCCAUAGUGCUGAGAGUUUUGACAGGAGAAAUAAAGUAAAAAGUGAGGUUAAUAUCAUUUUUGAAUAUUGAUUUGUUAAUUACACCAUGAAUGUUGUAUGGAUUCAGGAACUGAUUCGUUGCUUUCUAAAAUUGUUUUGAGUUUUUAAAAAAAAAGCAGUUUUCUUGAUUAUUUGGAUUUUUUUGUGACAUUAUUUUCUUGACAAUUAAGCAAACACUAACACCAGUGUCAGGGAGAAAUAAAAAUAGAUCAAUAAAUCACUCUGCAAACUGGCAUAAUUUGCAUGAAACAUUAAUAAUAAUAAUAAUAAUAAUAUUUAAUUUGAUUUGAUGUAGAUAAUUUUAUGUGGAAACUUUUUUUUGCACUACAUUUAAUUCCUACAUAUUUUUAAGAAAAACUAAUUUGCUUUGAUUGUCGUAUCAGCAUGUUUUUGCAUAAAAUGUUUUUUUAAGAGGAGAUAUGCUUAAUUAUUUGUUUAAAAAUAAUAAUUCUAGAAAUACGCUUAAUUUUCUUUAUGCUUGGUUGAACCCUACAUUUCUUUUGUAGAGUACACUUUAAAUGUGGCAUUGAUUUAUGAAGGGUUGAUAAUCGUUCUUUAUCACUUUGGUUAAUACACACACACACACACACACACACACGUCUCAAACACUGAAUACAUGAUCCUGCUGUUGCAUUGCUGUCUAUCAGAAGCUAAACCGGUACUCUGUGUUUUACUGUGGGCUCUAUAACAGGAGGAUUGUGGGUAAUGACACUCAUUGUUGCUGUAAGAUAUAUAUGGCUGGUUGCUUCUGUAAAUUGUAAAUCUUGUGUGCUUGAACUGAGUGUGUUUGGUUUAUUUAAUAGUAUUUUUUUGACGAGGACAGAGUUUAAUGUUGAAAACUGUCUGUAUAUUUCAUGUCGGAUUUUUGCUUUUUCAGGUCAACGAAAGUUUGCUGUUACUGUUUGGUCUUAUUUAAGCUGUUGAUUUUAUGUGUUUUUGAUUGUGGUUAUAUUCGAGGAAGCAAAGCUCAACUGCUGUCACUGUGUAAACUAUCACCUUUGAAUCAUUUUAGAUGUUUGAUUGUGUGUUUUUGUUUUGGAUUUUCUCUUAAGGGACCAGAGAAUAAAAGGUGGAUUUUGCCUGUUUGAGUGGACUUUAAUGUGGACUGAAUGGAAAUAUGGACAUUAUGUUUAAGUAUAUCAGUUGUCAUCGCUAUCCAUCUGCACUUAAAAAGACAUGACAUGUUUUUAUACAGCAAUUUUGUUGUUUGUGAGUGUAAGUCAUUAAACAGGAGAGCUUUUUUGCUUGUUUUGUGUUUACUCUCAAUUUCAUGUAAAAUUGUGAUUAUUAUUUAUAAUAAUUCUCAUCAUCGUAUGGAAUUUUAACGAAUGUCUGUCAAAAUUGGUGCAAGGAAAUUAUAAAGUAAGUGAAAAUCU